AUGUCCACGACGCACCACAGCUCCCCGGCGCCGAACCAGAGCUACCUUUACACAGGCAGCUAUGACACAACAGACCACUUCAGGAUGGAGAAGCACACUCGCCUGCUUCUUUUCGGUUUGUGCGUAACCAUCGCCGCUGCUACUUUGGUCGGAGGUGUUUAUUCGCUGCUCUCUCUCAUCCGGAUGAGGAGAAAAACCUCCCUGUGUGUCAUUGUGGCUUCCAUGUCGGUGGACGACCUGCUUAGCGUGAUCCCCCUGUCCUUGUUCAUACUCCUUCAGUGGGAGACGCGUGGAGGUGAGGGGUCGAGCAGCCUGUGCACUGUAUCUGGACUUCUGUACGUAUUCCAGGGUGUUUCUAGCAACAUGAAGGCUUGUCUCAUAGCAGCAUACACUUUUUAUGUCACCAAGAGAUUUGGAGUGCUUCAAUCUGUCCGUCGGCCCCUGAGAGUGAUGUGGGCUGUUGCCGGUGUGUGGGCGGUCAGCCUGGCCGUUAGUGUGUUACCUCUGUGCGGCUGGGGCAGCUUUACGCCGGCUUCUCUCGGGUGUUUCCCAGAGAGUGACAGUUUUUACAUCCUGCUGCUUUUUUCUUUGUAUUUCCUGUGCUUUUUCGGUAUGCUGUUUUUCUUUAUCUCACUCACCUAUGAGCUGCUAUGCUCCAGAGAACCCCAGAGGACUUUACUGUACCCGAGUUACUUGGAUAUGGCGAGGGGGUUAAGUGGGUCCACUCCUCUUUGUGAUAUCCAGUCCUGCUCCAGGCACAGUUUGAACAAAAGUUUGGGUGCGUACAACGAACUGAGCCCAAGUUCGUGCGGGACAGAGGUCAGGGAGAAAGAGGAGAGCAGUGUGUCCCCAGUGUCUGUUGGAGUGCUGAAGGCAUCGGCUGUCGGAGAUACACCAGUGGUGUUUGCACAAAAGCGCUUCUCCAUGAUUCUGGCCAUCGUCCGGGUUAUUUUAUGGAUGCCCAUGAUGACUUUGGUACUCAUACGGCAUGCAGUAAAUGCACGCAGCGCCUCCCUGGAGACUCUGAGCUUCUUUUUUACUCUGCUUGCACCUGCGGUCACACCGCUGUUCGUGCUGUCUGAGCGUUGGAUCCACAUGCCAUGUGGCUGCUUCAUUAACUGCAAACAAGAUCCAACACAGGAACCCUCAGUGAUGAAAAGAAGAUUUGAGUUCAACCUUUCCUUCCACCAAGGCUAUGGGGUGUACAAAUUGUCGCAUGCCGCCAAGUCUCAGAGCAGCCCUCCCAUAGAAAAGCCCACUUAUCAUAGCCUUUUUAACUGUGACUUCCCAAAUAACCGCCUUGAUGCAUCAGAAAGUGGAGGACUCUCCAGGCUGGGUCCCAAUUUUGAUUUCAGCACCUCACACCCAGUGGACAGCUCCUCUCAUGCAGGCCUUCUGGAGUCAGUGGCUGGUGGAGGGGAGGCGCUGGCUGACUGUCCUGCAAUCCGCCAUGAGAACCACGAGGAUGAUGAGGAAUUCCACUGCGUCCCCUCGCUGCCCUCUCAUCAUCGGGAUCACAGUAUCAUUGACACAUCGUCAGUGUUUGAUGGGCCAGAACGGAGGCUGUCACAUGAGGAGUGUCGGAAAAUUGAGUUGACAGACUGGGAGUGGUGCAGGAGCAAAUCAGAAAGAACGCCCAGACAGCGGUCAUCAGGUGGUCUGUCAAUCCCUUUGUGUGCCUUUCAGGGCACUGUGUCUCUGCAGGCACCCACAGGCAAGACGCUGUCUCUUUCUACUUAUGAGGUCAGCAGUGAUGGUCUCAAAAUUUCCCCCAACAAUGCCAAGAAGGUGGAAGUGUAUCGCUCCAAAUCUGUUGGCCAUGAACCCAGUGCAGAGGAUACAGCAUCUGGAUGCCAGGCUGGGGAUGUGAAUGUCAGCUGUGUAGGAAUGAACAUGGAGAUCGGCAUGGGGAUGGGGAUAGGAGCUGGGGUGGGUGACACCAAUGUCAAGAUCCACCUUGAGGUUCUGGAAAUCUGUGAUAAUGAGGAGGCAAUGGACAGUGUCUCUAUCAUCUCUAAUAUCAGCCAGUCCUCCACUCAUGCCCGCUCCCCAUCACUCCGUUACUCUAGGAGGGAGAACCGCUUUGUCUCUUGCGACCUGGGUGAGACAGCGUCCUACUCUCUGCUCAUCCCCAGCAGCGGCAACACUGAAGCAGAGACCAUCAAUAUCACUAUACCUGACACUGUGGAAGCCCACCGGCAGAAUAGCCGGCGGCAGACACAGGAGAGCUUUGGGUAUCAUGAGGAUAUACAACUGCUUAAUGAGGCUUACAGAAAGCAAGCAGGGGAGGGAGAAGAGUGACUUAGACACAGAAAACAAUGGGUGGGCUCUUAAGAGUGGGUUGAUAGAGCAAAUCAAGCCAGUAAAAUCUGUAAGACAACAUGUCCUAAUCAUUCAAAAUUGACUUCCUUCUGAAAAAUCUUUAACUAAGCUGACAGGUGACCAAUAUAGAGAGUCAGCUUGACUAUUAUAAUAGUCUACUUGCCUGCUCUUGUACUUCCUCUCUAGUUAAUAUGGUGAGAUCACACAUAUACCCAUCUGUAGAUUACACAGAGAUACUGUAGAUAAGCCUAUAAAAGGACAGACAGUAAAAAAACUGUUAAAACAAGAGAGAAAGACUGGAUUGCUGGAAAAGGUCAUCAGUGCAUCAGUAUUCCAGCAGAGACUCGCACCAUAUGGCAGCCUGUCAUCAUGGGAUAGAUACAGCAAGAGAAAAAUUCACUUAGACGUUGAAAAGGAGGGGCCAUGGUCUGAUUUCAUCUAAUAUCAAACAGCGUGUGUUGACUACAUCACUGAUGACUCAGAUGUAAGGGGAGGAGCCACCUGACCCAUGUGUCUGACUCAUUCAAGUGUGUGUUGUGCAUAAGGAUAAGAAUAUUGGUGUAUUUGUGUCAGGCAGCCAACAGAAGUAUUUAUGUUUCCCUAAAAAUAAUUUAUUUAAUUGAAUUUAUUUAUUAUUUUUCCUUUACGCUGACUGCUGUGUGUAAGGUGUUUAAUGCCAUUCAUGUUGCUACUAUAAAAUCAGACACGCUGUUGAAAAUCUGAAACAGCAGGAGAGAAAAAUGAAAGGGGAGGCCAGUGAUUAUGAAAGGAGAGGUUAAGGGGUUGCUUAUGCUGAACACAUUUUUAUUCUGCCUCGUGCACAUUCGGUGCAAUUUAAAUGAGUGACUGUGCAUAUUUUACUUUAGCAGGCAGCACAUGAAUGUACAUUCCAGAGCCACUUUGGGGGCUCAUUUCUCUGCCUGCUCAGUUCACUUCCCAUCCAAUCAGUGAGUCACCAGGACCUCUCGCUUUCUACAUGCAUAAAUUCAGGACUGGAUAUAAAUUCAGGACUGGAUAUAAAUUUCCACUGAUAGUAUUGUGCUCUUUAUCACUGCUUUGAAUUAUCUGGACUGUGAAAAUCAGAAGUGUUUAAAUCUUUAUUCUCUUAGAUAAUAUCAGUGUAUACAUCGAUACUUGAAUACACAAAUGUAUUAUUUGUUUGCGCAAAUGGUAGUAAAAUAGACACUGUUGGCUAAUUUUACAAAUUAUUUUAUGGAGUUGUAUUCAGUAUUUUAACUUGGUUCAUCACUAAGUCUGUACUGUUUGGACUUUCGAAUAGUCCCUUAGAGAUUUCUCUUCAUCAGCUGCCACUGCUCCCAUCCUCCCAGUGACUGUUGUCGUUAAAGAUUCAUACCAGGAAAUUGCUGCCAACAAUUUUGAGAUGCAUUCUUAAUUCAAGCACUCUGGGGUAAAAUGUAAGAGAAAAUAAUGUACAGGCAUAUGAAAAAUGAUGAAUGUAAAUUUUUAUUCUGUGUUAACCUUUUAAGCUGUUUUUUGUCAAAGUUAGUCAGUAUGAGCAGGGCUUCGUCUCUGCAGCAUAAGGGUCCAUUCAUGAUAGUACCUGGGGAUUUGCAUCAAUUUAAUCCCAUGCAGAUUGAAGUGUUUUAGGUAUUUCUCUGUGGGAGAAGGGCUUCUGUGCAGUCCUUCAAAAAAACAAAUAGCUCUAGGAAGAAGCAAUGAAAUAUUAACUGGCUGAAAGUUAGUUCAGACCAGAAAGAGGGAGACUCACAACAGAUUUCAGUGCAUGUACAGCAAAAUUAAUCAUAAUUUUUUUCACAAUGCUAAGGGACCAACAAUGUUAGAGAAGUCUACACCUUAGAUUUUUCCACAAAUGUUUGAGACUGCUACCAAAAACUAUAAUCGGUAAAUUUGGGUUGUAUGCCCAUGAAUGAGCUCUAACAGAGAGGAAGUAAUUGCACCCUGAAUUUCCUCUGUGUUGCACAGAACUACAGUUCAGCAGUUUUAUCAUUAACUAUAUGAUAUAUUACAUGUUACUUGUCCUCAUUAAGUUAGUUAGGACACACACAAGCACAAUGUUUAAUCACUCAUGUCAACUCUGGAUUUAUUCAGUAACAUACAAACUUCCCAAAUUGAAUUCAUUAUACAUAAAAUAAGGUUAAUGAAGGAAUUAAUUAACUUCUUUAGAGGCUGACCUUGAUUGUAAGAUUAUUGGAUGUUGUGCCCCUAAGAAAAGUGCAGUGAUGAAUCCACAACAGCUGUGUGAUAUUUUUAUUGUGCUUUGUGCUCUAUGUUAAUCAAAAUUCUCUGUAAAAAAAAAAAGAAAAACUCCAUUCCCUUGUGUUGUUGGAAGAUUUUGUGAAAUAUUCUUUUGUGUUCGUGUGUACAACAGACAGAUUUUGUCUCUGAAGAAGAGGGGGAAAGGUCAGAAAAGAAAUUUGAAGAAAAAUAUUAGAAAAAAUAGGUAUGUGGCAGC